AUGGCACGACUCAGAGAACUCAAAGGCAUUCUCAAAGACAAAGCUUCACUGUUUAAAGCAAAUCUCUCAACUAAUCGCCCUAUGUCCUUUGUAAACGUCACCGUCCUCCGCGCCACCACACACAGCACCACCUCUCCGCCGUCGGAGCACCGCCUCAUCGCCGUCCUCUCCCUCGGCCACCGAUCAAGCAUCAUGGCAGAUGCCUGCACUGAGUCUAUCAUGAAUCGCCUCCAUAGAACACACAGUCCUUAUGUUGCUCUCAAAUGCCUUAUAAUUAUUCACAACAUCAUUUCUAAGGGAUCCAUCAUCCUCAAAAACCAGCUUCCCUCUGCAGGUGGCUAUAAUUUUCUUCAUCUUUCCGAAUUCGAUUAUAAGUCCAAUGUCGAAAAACGAGAGAUUAGCCUGUGGGUUCGAUGGUAUGCAGGUUUCUUGGAACUUAACUUAAUGGCAAGUAGGGUUCUGGGUUACUUUUCUUCUUCUUCUUCUCCUGCUGCUUCUUUCCCAUCUGUAUUUUUUGACAGAAAAAAAGAUUUGUUGAAGGAAAUGAAUGCUUUAGUGGGAUUUAUUGAAGGGAUUUGUGAAGUCCCAGAUUCUUUACACCUUCAAAGAAAUGAUUUACUGUAUGAACUGAUGAUUCUGGUGGGAGAAGAUUAUCGAGCGGCUCAGUACCAAAUCAUUUCAAGACUCAGUAAUGACACAGCCUUCGCUGAUCAAAUCUCGAGGUUGAGCUCAACAGACUCGUCCGAGUUGAUUGAUUGUUUGAAGAGAUUGGAGAACUGCAAGAAGAGAUUAACAGAGAUAUUUGUCAAUAGGAAACGAUACGAUGCAUUUUGGGAGUUGAUUAAUGAAAGAAAAAUGGAGCUUGAGGAGAUGAAUGGAAACAGAGGAAGAUUGCUAGUAUGGAAGGAAAGGGAAGGGAUGACGAGUUAAUUGAGUCAACUCGGUUUGUUUAACGAGUCUCAUUUUUUCUUCUACACAUAAUAAUUUUUAAUUAAUAUUUUGGUAGCUAUGUUUGUAUUUUUAUUUCAACUUUUGCAGCUGUUCAUGUACGGAUAAUCCUUCCACUUGGAAAAUAUACGAUUGGCGCCGUUGAUAGCCAUUACUUGCUAAAAAUAAAAUUU